GGCCCGGGGCGGGAGGUUGCAGGUAUCCGGCGGCGUCCGGAGUGCCCCGCGCCCUUCAACGUGGACCUUUCCACGCCGCUGUCCAAUUCUUCCUUUCCGGUUCUUCCCGAACGCGCGGUGUUCUAGGCUAUCCUCACCGCUCGCUCUUAACCGCUCGGCUAACUCCUAUUCAUCCUUCAAACCACGCCUCUGGUUGUAUUUUGUUUGUUGCUUUCAUUAGUGUGUGGCCUCCGGCAUAGGGUCCGUAUUUUUUGUUGAACCUCUGCCCACACCAGAUCCAGAAUAAGGAUUAGCACAUAGUGGGUGAUCAGGAAAUUGAAUGAGAAUAUCCGAUUUUUUUACUUUCUCUGUCUCCCCCUCCCACCAGGUGCUGGGGAUCAAACAGUGAACAAAACACGGUAAAGGUCCUGCCCUUGAGCCGCUGACACCAGUGAAGGUCAUUGCCAUGCCCUCCUUCCAUAGUCUCAUUUCUCCCAUGAGCUUUCCUUCUUUCUGUACCUCUUCCUUUUAGCUUAAUCACCCUGUCCUUCCAUGAAACAUUUCCCAUUUCCCCUUCUGCUUUAGAAACAGAGAAGGCAGCCAAUACUUUCCCCCUAAACUUUGUUUUUGUCCUAAUGGCUCCCAGUCUCCUCCAUUUUUACCUGCUUUCUUUAUCAUCCUUGCCUCUUUCUUUCUGACCUCAUUUGAUUAGAUGUGUUGCUUCUCGUCACCUGCCCCCUCACCUCCCCUGAACAUCACUCAGAUGCCACCUGUUCUAGGGCAGGCUUGGUCUCCCUAUAGGAAAUUGUGACCCCAAGCCCACAGCCCCCCUGUAUUCAACUUCCUACUCUACUCCCCCCCUUAGGAUUUCUCACCACCUGACGUCCCUCAUUUCACUUGAUUAUGGGGGAGACAGCCUGUCUGAAAUGGCUUGGAGAUGACCCAGAAGGACUCUUCUAGCGCCGGCCGUAAUGCACCUGCAUGGUUUGUUAAGCUGUACACCUGGCUUUCUGCAAAGUUGGUCCUUGCUUGAGCUAUCCAUGCUGCUCCACCGCGCCCUCUGCUGUCCAGGAUGGGACACGUCCCGUGUCUUUGCACACGAGUUGAUGCUUUUGUAGCAGGGGUGUUGCAGCAAAAACUCGACGUGUCUACAUUUGUAAUUGCCUUUCCAAAGGUGUCGUUGGUGCCCGAAGGGCAGCAAGAAACUGUCUUCAAUGGCUUCAUUGGUGGCUUAUGAUGACUCGGACUCGGAGGCUGAGAACGAGCCUGUGGGAAGUGUCAUUGCCGCUGGCCAGGUGGAAGACACUUGUGAUGCAGUCCAAGCGCAUGGCCAGGGUUCCGCAUCGGGAGCCCUGGACGGGACGGAGGGGGGCGCCCUGCCCAUGAAGCACCGUUCCUCUGAAGAGCCAGCUGGCCCGCGUCUCCCACCGGCUCGGCUCUGGAGAAGUGGCCCAGGGUCUUGCCCCAGCCAGAGGCUACAGUGGCCCAGGACAGAGCCUGAGGUCACCUUCGCCACAAGCGGGCCUCCUCGUGCUUCCCUGUGGCUCAGCCACGUCCCUGCUGGCCACGUGCCCCUGGCAGCGGCCCUGGGUAAGCAGGUGAAACCCUCCUGGGGGACUUGCGACCCCCCGGAACCACCUUUCUGUGCCCGAACCCUGUCUGGAACCCCAGGUACACGAGGCAGCUCUGUUCAGAAGAAAAGGUGUGAGGACUGUGUUGUGCCCUACACCCCAAAGAGGCUGAGACAGUUGCAAGGAUUGAGCACAGAAACAGGCAAGACUGAAGCUGCGGAAGCCAAGGGUCCCCCCCCAGGGCGCCCCCCGGCCCCGCUCUCCGUGGAGUCCCGGGUGUCAGAGUUCAUUCAGCCGUAUUUGGACACUCAGUAUAAAGAGACCAGGAUCUCCAGGAGGGUGCUCUUUCACUUGAGAGGCCACCGGGGCCCCGUCAACAGCGUUCAGUGGUGUCCGGUCUUUUCGAAGAGCCACCUGCUCCUCUCCGCUUCCAUGGAUAAAACCUUCAAGGUGUGGGACGCCGUGGACUCGGGGAGCUGCCUGCAGACCUACUGCCUGCACAGCGAGGCUGUGCGGGCCGCCCGGUGGUCGCCCUGUGGCCGCUGCAUCCUCAGUGGCGGCUUCGACUGCGCCCUGCACCUCACGGACCUUGAAACAGGGGGCCGGACGUUCAGUGGGCAAAGUGACUUCCGAGUCACCGCCUUGAAGUUUCAUCCGAAGGACCACAACCUUUUUGUGUGCGGGGGCUUCAGCCCUGAGGUCAAGGCCUGGGACAUCAGAGCCGGCAAGGUGGUGAGGAGCUACAAGGCGACCAUCCAGCAGACCUUGGACAUCCUCUUCCUCCGGGAAGGCUCCGAGUUUCUGAGCAGCACAGAUGCUUCGAGCCGAGACUCUGCUGACCGCACCAUCAUCGCCUGGGAUUUCCGGAGCUCUGCCAAAAUCUCCAACCAGAUUUUCCAUGAGAGAUACACCUGCCCCAGCCUGGCCUUGCACCCGAGGGAGCCUGUGUUCCUGGCGCAGACCAAUGGCAACUACCUGGCCCUCUUCUCCGCGGUGUGGCCCUACCGGAUGAGCGGAAGGCGGCGCUACGAAGGACACAAGGUGGAAGGCUACUCGGUGGGCUGCGAGUGCUCCCCAGACGGCGACCUGCUGGUGACGGGCAGCGCCGACGGCCGGGUCCUGCUCUACUGCUUCCGCACGGCCAGCCGCGCGCGCACGCUGCACGGGCACACGCAGGCCUGCGUGGGCGCCACCUUCCACCCCGUCCUGCCCUCCGUCCUCGCCACUUGCUCCUGGGAGGGUGACAUUAAGAUCUGGCACUGAGCCUCUGGGGCGCAGCCUUCCGGACGUUGCCACCCGGCCGCCCUUCUUGGGGAGUGGGUGGGACUGACUUGAGGUCGGCUUCAGGUCAGACCCGGCUGGAAGCUGCCCCCGCCGCACCCCUCAGUUUCCCUGUCUGUGAAAUGGGGACGAGAGCCCCGGUGUCGGGACUGAGGGCUGCGUGCGCGGGAGUGCAGGUGCGCUGCCUGCAACCACAGUAAACGUGAGACUGCACUGUUGCCCAGGUGGCUUCGGUGGUGGCUGUGUCAGCAGUUCCUCCGCUGCCCAGUUUGUGGCCACCGUGGCCCCGUGGUGGGAAUGCCGGGAGCCAGGGAAGGGGCAAGCCCACCUUCAGGCCCUGACGAUGGGUUCCUGGGGACGUGGGGGCACUCCAGGGUGAGGGGCUGUCCCCAGAAACUCUCUGCCAGAGUGUGACAGGCCCUCCAGCAUCACGGGCCCGUGGCCCCUCUGCACAGGUGCGGCCAGCUGGUCCUGUCCAUCCAGCCCUGUCAGACGUGCACACUGUCCACGAGAGCGUGUCCGCCCAAGCACCUGGACGAUGCGGGGGAACUUCAAGGAGUCUGGUCGGGAAGACCCUGCUGCUGGGCUGUGGCGGUAGCAGGCUGAGCACUCAUCUAGGACUGUGACUGAGGGGCGGCCCAAAAGCCCAGGGCCAGGGGACCGCAGGAGCUGUGGCUCAGCACAGAGGGUUCCCACAGUCUUGGAAGGCUUCCUGGAGGAGGCAGACUGUGAGCUGGUGAG